UUCAUUUAAAUUUGUCACAAGAUAAUUCUUCCAAUUAUUUAAAAAGAAAAAAUGAAUAGUUAAAUUAUUUAGAUAAUGACGAUAUUUUAACAAUUUUUAUCUCCGUAGUUUUUAGAUUUUAGAUGGAAGAUGACUUCAGAGAGGAUAGAAUGGGUCGAAAUAAUCGAACCCAAAACAAAGGAAGUGAUGUAUGCGAAUUUAACGACAGGAGAAUGUGUUUGGGAUCCUCCAGAAGGCGUACCAAUUAAACGCACAGACUCAUCACAAUGGUGGGAGUUAUUUGAUACUAAUACACAAAGGUUCUAUUAUUAUAAUGUAGCUUCACAAACAACAGUUUGGCAUCGUCCUCAAAAUUGCGAUAUAAUCCCAUUAGCUAAACUACAAACACUUAAACAAAACGAUGAAAGAAAGGACGGUUGCACGCAAACUUCACAUUCAAGAGUUCGAUCCCAUAAGAGUAACAGCGUGAACAGCAAUAAAAAUUCAAGCGCAGGAUUAGAUACAACGCAGAGGCGCCAACACUCAUCUUCUCCUAUAUCACAAACAGAACGUCGGAGUAAUUCGGGUUAUGAUGCAAGGGAAUCGGAACUUUUAUCAAGCCCUCACGGACGACAUAGUUAUCGAUUGCCAUCAGGUGAUCCAGGAUUACCUUCGGGUAAAGCAUAUUGUAGACAUUCUCAGGGUUCAACGUCACGAAGUCACAAACCUAAAGAAUCAGGAAAAUCUAGCGAUUCAAGUAUUUCAAGUGCACAAGGUUAUCGAAGAUUAAAUGAAGGCGGUAGUUUAAGAAUUUCAAAUAGUCACAACAAUAAAAAUCGGAAUUUAUCAGAAAAUUAUCGCAUUUUGCAAGAAAGCGCUAGUUCUCAAAAUAUUCCACACAGCCCUCAUGCUGGGAGCGAAAAGCAAGGCCAACAGCAUUAUCAACUGCACCCUAAGCUCUCCUAUUCUAUUUCAAAUUCUUCAGAUCUUGGAGGAAUAUCUCCAACACGAUCGGCAAACACUCCAAUAUUGAAGAAAAAAUUAUCUUCAGAAACUUCGAUACAUGGAAAUGUAGGAAACAAUAGCAAACGUGAUUCAUCUGGUUCUAUGUCAAAACAUCAAAGCAUAGAUUAUCCCUCUGCAAAUGCAGCAAUUGUUUCUUUAACUCGUUCUGGUAGUUUUAUGGCAUCUCCUACAUCACAUCAUUAUAUUCAUCAGCAUGGAGGGCCUCUCCAUCAUCAACGCAAAUCAAGUAUUGAUGGUAAUGGCGGUGGCGCAAGUGAUGACUCAAUGCAUGAGAAGUAUUUUAAAUCUGUAGAAAAUACUCCGAUAUCAAGACGUCGUCAUACGACCUCAUCCAAGUCUAGUAAUAAAAAACAUUCAAGUGAUUCAAGUCCCCAGAGUCCAAUUAGUCCCCAAAACCAAAAUACCAAAACGGCUAGACCAUCGGUUUUAAGUAGUCUUUCUGGCCUAGAACCACCUCAACCUGGAAUGGCAUAUAAUGUAUUAUCUAGUCAUAAAAAUCAUUCUGAAUUAUUAAAUUUAGAUUUAGCUGGCAGACCAGAAAAGUAUCUAGAUAAAAUGAGACUUGAAAAACGUUCACCUGGCUCUCAUAUUACACAUUCAUCGAAUUCUCCGUGUGGAACUCUUCCUGGCGGAGUUACUGGCCCCGAUACUUUACCUAGGAAAAGUGCUUUUGUCAAAACAUCACCUUCCCCCAGUAGUAAUAAGCAUACGCCCUCUUCUAGUCAAUAUCCUUCAAAUAAUUUAGCUUCACUGGCUCAUCAACCCAGUCUGGAUCAAUAUUUAAGUAAAUCAAAUAUAGAUCGUCACAACAAAGAGGUGAAAAAUGUUGAAAAGUCUUCCGGUAAACGUAGAAAUAAAAAACAUUAUAAUCACGCAGAUGCAAGUGAUGUAGAAUAUGAUAAUGGAAACAUUUCCCCCCUUUAUAGCAAUUGGGAUCAAGAAAUGCAGGAACAUUUGUUACCGUUGCAACAUUAUAUUUUAGAACAAGCGAAACUAUCGGGGUUUUAUGGUUUUGAUCCGCUCGAUUCCGACUCAUAUCACUCUGAUAGUCAAUCAGAACAUUCCUUUUCAGGACACGAGCCUGAUAACGAAGAUUCUGAUCACUCUGAUGGACAUGGUGAUUACCUAACACAUAGUUAUGGUUUAAUAGAUGAUUAUGUGUCGAACGUUGGUGAUGGUGUUUCUUAUUACGCUUACCAAUAUGGUUUCGACAAGAGUGACAGGGAGGAUUUGUCAGAAAAUGUUGAAGCUGUGCUUGAAAGUGAACGUGAGAAUACUCAAAUAUAUAAUAAUAUACCAAGAAAUCAUCAGUUUAAGAUCUCACCGCCGUCACCAAGGAAUGUUGCGCAGGCAACUCCAACACAAAGAAUUCAAAUUCAGUAUCAUCAGCAAUACCAAAAAUCUACAGAACCAGUGGCUCCAUCACCCCAACCCCGAAGCAAUUUUGAUGUGAUUCCCGAUAUCAGGGAACCACCGACAUCGACUAAAACUGAUACAAUCAAAGCGAAACAAUCAAACACUGAAACUAAGGAUAAAAAAGAACCAAUUUCAAUACUUAAAAAAUCUGGUUUUCCUUUCCACAUUCCACCCCCAACCUCCACAAGAAGUAGCAGUAGUGGUAUUGGGAGCUUGGGUGGAACACCUUUACCAUGUAUGAAAGAAUGUGAUAUCGAAAAGUUCGCCCAAGAUAAUCUUAAUCUUCAUUCAAAAGGAAUAUUUAGAAAAAAAUCAUCGAUUCGAGAUAUGCUUAGUUGGACGGCAGAGUCUAUCAGUAGGCCUAUGUUAACAUUAGCUCGAGAUAAGGCUGGGAAAAAAAUGGCUACCGAGUUAUUUAAACUUGUUCAAAUUUAUAUGGGAGAUAGAAAAGCAAGAACUGGUAUGAGCCUUAACUCAGUUGCGAUCGAUAUUAUUACGACAGCUUUAGCUCAACAACAAUUAAGAGACGAAAUGUAUGUUCAGUUAUGUAGACAAACAACAGAAAAUCCAAAAAGGGAGUCUUUGAUAAGAGGUUGGGAGCUAAUGGCAAUUUGUUUGUCUUUCGUUCCUCCUUCACCCACAUUUCAACCAGCUUUGCUUAAUUAUGUGAAUCGUCAUAGAGAUCCAACAUUCGCUACAACUUUUCCAGAAGUUGGAAAAUGGCCAAUUCACGUUCAAAUAUCUCAUUAUGCUACCGUUUGUUGCAGACGCCUUGAUCGCAUUGGUAGUUCUGGUAGAAAGCAAGCUAAAAAACCAUCUGAUGACGAAAUAGAACAAGCAAGAGCCCAGAUAUUAAGAGAUAGUAUGUUUGGAAAUACAAUUGAAGAAGUCAUGCAAUUACAAAAAGAUAAAUUUCCAGAUAGAAAGCUACCUUGGAUUCAGGUUACUUUAUCUGAACAGGUGCUAUUGUUAAGUGGAAAACAAACUGAAGGUAUAUUUCGUGUACCAGCUGAUAUCGAUGAAGUCAAUAAUUUAAAGAGUCGUUUAGAUAGAUGGGAAGUUCCUGAGCAUAAAUCCACAAUGGAUGCACAUGCACCAGCAAGCCUGCUUAAAUUAUGGUACAGAGAGUUAUAUGAUCCUCUUAUACCAGACGCAUUAUAUAAUGAAUGUGUACAGACCGAGGAUCCUGUUGAGGCUGACAGGAUAAUUAAUAAAUUACCAGCUUUAAAUCGAUUGGUUCUAACUUAUUUAGUAAACUUUCUACAACAAUUUGUUCAACCUGAUGUUGUCAAUUGCACAAAAAUGGAUGCUUCCAAUUUAGCUAUGGUAUUCGCUCCAAAUUGCCUCAGAUGUAUGUCGGAUGAUCCAAAAGUAAUUUUGGAAAAUGCUAGAAAAGAAAUGGCAUUUAUGCGUACUUUAAUUCAAAAUAUGGAUACAAGUAGUGUUGAAAAUCUUAUUUAAAAAAUAUUAAAAAAGAAAAAACAAAAUACAAAUUAUAUUUAUCGUGAACAUAUUCAAAAAAUGAUAUUGGUUUGAAACAAAAAAGUAUAAAUAUUUAACAAUUUACAAAGAAAAAUGUAUUUAUUAUGAACAUAAAGUAGAAGAGAAAAGUUUAAAAAUGUAUAACUAUAAAAACUAAAUUAUCUAUUUUGACUUUUAUCAAAAAUAAAAUGAAGAACAAUAAUAUAUUUAU